ACAAAAUAAGUAACAUUUUCAAUUCAAAAUUCCAUUUUGAGCUCAACAACAAGGAUUACUUGCGUACCAGAAACAGACAUAAAAAAAAUAUAUUCACUUCGUGAUGGUACAUCGCCCCCCAGCGGCUAAGCUGCGUAUGACUUGUCUAAAUCAAACAGAUGGUGUCAAACAUCAGCUAAGCUAACACGUACCAAGCUUCAAAUUGUCUAUCGACGCUUCGCAGUUUAGCGCAGCGCCUCUUGUUUUCCCAUCACACGUGUCUCUGACAGUCGCAGCCCUGCAUCCCAAAAAGGAAGACGAGUACUUCACCAUGAGCUCAGAUGAUGGUGACCUGGAGAACCAGGCAGAGCUGGAGGAGAAGACCAGGCUCAUCAACCAGGUGCUGGAGCUCCAGCACACCUUGGAGGACCUGUCUGCCCGGGUGGAUGCAGUGAAGGAGGAGAACCUGAAGUUGAAGUCGGAGAACCAGGUUCUGGGCCAGUACAUCGAGAACCUCAUGUCUGCCUCUAGUGUCUUCCAGACGACCGACACCAAGAGUAAACGGAAGUAGGAAGAACUUCUGACAUCACUGAGCCCAGUUGGACCCGGAGAGGUCGCAGCGUCUGGCCUCAUGGACUCUUUAAUAACAUCUAAUCUUGGACAUAAAGCCAUGCGUGAAUGUAAAUAUUGGUAUUUAUCUUCACAUGACCACUAGAGGGCAGUGUUGCUGUGUUUAGAUUGGUUCUGGAGACAUCAGACUCAUAAGCUGGUUGGAAGGAGGAGUCAGCCAGAGGAUCAGCAGUGGAUUGGACAAGUCAUGUUAUGAUGUAGUGAGCUGUGUUUCUCAGUAUUUUAGUUUAUGGGACUUUUUUUCCUAGCAUAGAUUUCAAAACGGUUUGAUCAGUUUACACAAUUAUGCUAGCUUUUUUUUCCAAACACAGGUAGAAUUUAGAAAAUCCAUUUUUAAAACCUGAAGCACUCGAAUUGUAAAUACUGUGCUAUAACCAAGAUAAAUGACAUCACUCAGGUAAACUACAUAUUUGCUACAUAAUUUAGUUAUGAAGCAGAAAAAAGAAGGGGUAAAAAUAAACCUGUUAUCUUCAUGGCUGCUUUCAAAACUCUGCAGAGUUAAUCUCAUAUGAGAAAGAUGUAGGGCUGCAACUAAUGGUUAUUUUAGCAACUAUACUAUCAAUGAUUCUGAUGAGUAAUCAGACAAAAAAUUGGCACAUUCUACAAAUUUUCCAUUUAAUCAUGUAAGCCAUUUUAUACAUUAAGACAAUUAAACAAUUCAAUUAAUUUCAAAAUAAAUUUAUAUCCAAAGAUGCAGCGCAGUGGCAUUCCUUUAAAUCUGAACCUGGUUGAAGCUAAAAUACUUGAGGAUUUUUGUCUAAAUAUUAAUAAUGGCGCUUUUAUCUUAAAUUUGAAAUGUCUACAUAUUAUGCAGGAUGUAUAAUAGCCAUAUUAACAUUUUUUUGAGUCAACGAUUCGUUGAUAAUUAUUUCAAUAACUGAUUAAUCACAAUUUGUCCAAUUAAUCCUUUCAGUCCAAGAGAAAUAUCAAUGGCAGAAAAUCAGCUGAAGAUUCUGCGUAGCUGCUGAAGUUGAGCCUGUUUUCCUCAUGCUGUCUGAUCAGAGCGGUUCGGUCCGUUGGUUCCACAGUACCAGCUGCUCACUCUGAAAGCACACAGCCUGAGAUCUGCCCACAUCCUCCUGACGGUCUGCAGAGCGCUGCGGCUCCAGUGUUUGGAAGUGCAGGUGGCUGGAAGGGUGAGAGAUGGUUUAUCUGCUGGUUUCUCCACUCUGCUGCCAGACACCAGCAGAAACAACACUGCCCCCUGGUGGUCGCACAUUCCAUUAUGUUCUGUUGUCUGAAACAUGGAGCCUCUGUUCGUGUUCAGGAACCGUCAGUGAGUCAGUGUUAGUUCUGCUGUCCAGGUGAAGCAGUCAUUGUUUCCUGCUGCGCUCAGUAAUGUCUCUGUCUGUGCUUCCUGUGACUGGCAGCCAUGUUGGAUUUAAAGCAUCCAGACUCUGAGGCCAUCCACCCUGUUGUGCUUGUGGAUUGUUUUUAUUAUUACUAAUAUUGACUGAAUAAAGUUGUGAUGGUUGUUUCUGAUGAA